AUGAACACGUCCAAUUCCACUUUACCGAAUACCACGACGGAUCUCAACACUGCUAGCUGGAAAUCCAGCGCAGUGAUCUCCAUUACCUUAACCACAACCGGCGUUAUAACCAACGGGUUCACCGUUCUUCUGUUCUUGACUAAUAGGUCACUAUGGAGUCCAUUCAGCGUAUAUCUCUUCAAUCUGGUUCUUGCUAACUUAUUCUUCUAUGCAACACAAGGCGGUAUCGAUAUCAUUAAUAAUCUGUACGCCACAUGGUGGCUGCCUUCCGCAUUCUGCACUGUGUAUCUCUACGGUUUAUUUGUGGUCACUCUCAUCCCGAUCUUUAUCCAUCCCUUGAUCUCCCUUAACCGAAUAUGGGCGCUAUGGACGCCCAUUUCGUAUCGCAAUCAUCACACUUAUCGUGUGUCAGUCGGGCUGUGUGCCGCAGCAUGGUGGGUGACACAUGCUGUGGGGCUGCCGGGAUUGGUGGAGAAUGCCCUGUAUUAUCGCAAACCAGAGAGCGAGGUGGGCUGCACAAUCGACACAACCACAUCAGCUGGACAGAUGGCAUAUAUCCUGGUCAUCCAGUUUAUUACGCUAAUAGCGUUGGCGCUGAUGAUUGUCGCUCCGAAGGGACUGCUCGACGCGCAGGCGAUCGCAGUCAUGCACAGACCGUUCUUCUCCUAA